GGAUAAGAAACCCUCGAUCUAGAUCUCUGCGCACAAGUCUUUGAGUAGAAUGUGUUCACGGGGAGAAGCUUUAUUUAAAGAACACUGUAUUAAUUGUCACACGACGGAGAAGGGUGGGCAACACAAGACUGGACCCAAUCUCUUUGGUGUCUUGGGACGUAAGACUGGCAAAUCUAAAGGAUUCAAAUACACUGAAGCGAAUGUUAACAAAGGAAUUACUUGGGAUGACGACACUUUGUCAUUAUUCUUGAAAAAUCCAUCAAAGUAUAUUCCCGGAACAAAAAUGGUUUUUUCUGGCUUGAGGGAUGAUACAGAGAGAGGAGAUCUUAUCAAUUAUUUGAAAUUAUCUACUUUGGAGUGACCUAUCUUUUAUUGCACUUUUAAAGAUAUCUAGAUUAAAUUUGAAGGCUGUUUCAUGAUUGGAAGUAAAUGUGUUUGCUGAUGUCGGUGCACAGCUUGCUGUAGCUUUCAAUAUACUAGUUGUUUGUAACAUAUAUAUGGUUUGAAAUCGAUGUUGAUGAGAU